AUGCCGGACAUCGAACAGCCACCGUCAACGGCGGAAGCCACCACCGCGCUGUUCGGAAAAUACGAACUCGGUAAGCUCCUGGGAUGCGGCGCGUUUGCGAAAGUGUACCACGCGCGGAACAUAGAAAACGGACAGAGCGUGGCUGUGAAAGUUAUCAACAAGAAGAAAAUUAACGCUAUAGGACUCGCCGGAAACGUGAAACGAGAAAUUUCAAUCAUGAGUCGUCUCCGUCACCCUAACAUCGUUAGGCUUCACGAAGUUCUCGCCACCAAAACGAAAAUCUACUUUGUCAUGGAGUUCGCUAAAGGCGGUGAACUCUUCGCGAAAAUCUCUAGUAGAGGCCGUUUCAGCGAAGAUCUAUCGCGUCGCCUUUUUCAACAACUCAUCUCAGCCGUCGGUUACUGCCACAACCGUAACAUCUUCCACCGUGACCUGAAACCCGAAAAUCUCUUACUCGAUGAUAAGGGGAAUUUGAAGGUUUCGGAUUUUGGGUUAAGUGCGGUGAAAGAGCAGAUUCGUGUGGACGGGAUGUUACACACGCUUUGCGGAACACCUGCUUACGUGGCGCCGGAGAUUUUGGCGAAGAGAGGUUACGACGGCGCGAAGGUGGAUAUUUGGUCUUGUGGUGUUAUUCUCUUUGUUCUUGCCGCUGCUUAUCUUCCAUUUAACGAUCCGAAUUUGAUGGCGAUGUAUAGGAAGAUAUACACCGGGGAAUUUAAGUGUCCGCGGUGGUUUUCACCGGAUCUACGGCGGUUUUUAUCGCGGUUGAUGGAUACGAAUCCAGAGACGAGGAUAACUAUUGAUGAGAUUUUGAGAGAUCCUUGGUUUAGAAAAGGGUAUAAGGAGGUGAAGAUUUAUGAAGAGGGUUUUGAUUUUGGGGAGAAGGUUAAUGGUGAGGAAGAGGAUAGAACGGUGGAGUUGAAUGCGUUUGAUUUAAUAUCGUUUUUCUCUUCGGGGUUGAAACUAUCUGGAUUGAUUGGUGAUAGGGUGUGUGAAGGGGAGCGGUUUAUGUUGAAGGAGUCACCGGGGAAGGUUGUUGAGAGGGCUGAGGCGGCGGCGAAGGCGGAGGGGCUUGUGGUGAGGAAGAAGAAAGAGUGUGGGGUGGAGAUUGAGGGGCAAAAUGGGGAUUUGGUGAUUGGGGUUGAGGUUUACCGGUUAACGGCUGAGAUGGUUGUGGUUGAGGUGAAGAGGUUUGGUGGAGACGCGGUUGCUUUUGAGAAUGUGUGGAGGGAAAAGUUGAGGCCCCAUUUGUGUGAUGCAACGACGUCGCAUCAGGAUGAAACUCAGGCUAACGCGGUCUCUGCUGACUCAGAUAUUUGA